AUGACCACAAUUCCGUCGAAUGCCCGUCGCUUCCCGCUGCGUACUCUUACGCUCGCGACAUGGAUGGUCCAUGGCUCCCCAAGGAGGACCUCCCAAAAAAGCGCCAAGGCCCCAAGGCCCAAGGGCGAAAGCGAGUCACGUGACGUGACGGACCCUGACUCGCCAACUGACCCUGUUGGGGCGACAGUGGGGCCGUUUGCAGCGCUGGUAGCCAAGCAGCUGGCGGAGCUGGCGGCAGCGAAACAGAGCGAAACGCCUGCUUUUUGA